AUGGCAUUUUUGAUUCCACCUUCAAUGUUCGCCACUCAGACCCCACACCCACGAUCCUCGCCAUCCAUACAAGGUGCACGUCCAAAUUUCAGGAUGUCGCCAGGGGAUGUUGGAAUACUAAAAUCAACUAUCCUCCCCUCAUUCAGCCUAUAUUCAAGCCUUUCACUGGCAACAUAUAUUGCAGCGGAGACAACAGACAGGGUCGAACUAAAAGACUGGCUAUGGCCCUCGGCCCAAGUCAUCAAUGCCUGGUGGAGCGCCAUAGGCCAACCAAUGUACGAUCAAGGGAUCUCAUUCAACGCAUGUUGGGAUUCUCUUCCUUGGACUGAGAAGGUGCUUCUGAGCUGUGUCACUAUCUGGGGCACUAGGCUCUUUGGUCGUAUCGCAAUGCGGUCUCUAUCUCGCGGCAAAGAUGAUGCGCGGUAUGACGCUGCCAAGAAAGAGCCUGGGUUCUGGAGAACAGCUUUUCUGAAGAUAUUCUUGCCCGAGGCUGUUUUUUUGAGUAUUAUCUCGCUCCCUUUCACCACUCCAUUCCACAUGGGUGGAAGCCUAAUAUCUCUGGGAGAAAAUGCUAUUAAUGUGGUUCGUUCGCUGGGCGUUGCACUUUUUGGUGCUGGAUUUGCUAUGGAGGUUAUGGCCGAUACCCAGCUUGUCCUGCAUUGCAAGGAACGGACUGAUUUGUGUCGGCAUGGAGUCUGGAGUAUCGUGCGGCAUCCAAACUACUUGGGAGACACACUGGUUCAUUUCUCCUACGCUCUGUUGAACGUGGCAGGUAAUUUCGACCCUGUUGUUUUGCUGGGCCCGCUGUCGAACUACUUGUUCCUACGUUUCGUUGGCGGUGACAAGCAGACAGAGGCCAGCCAGGAAGAGCGAUACAAGGCCCAAGAUGCUCACAAGUAUGAACAGCUGCAGCAUUGGCAGAAGGAAAACAACAGUUUCUGGCCUUCUCCAAAAGACCUGAUGAACCCAUGGGCUUUAGCUGUUGCAGGCUGUGGGUUUAUUGCUGUGGUGCUCGAGGAAGGGAUGAGAGCUUGUAGUGUCGCAUGA